CCGCAGCGCCUCCAUCGCGCCGGGGCCGCGCUCCGCCCCGGGGAGGAGCGGCGCGAUGGCGGCGGCGGGGCGGCGGCGCUGAGGAUGAGAUCGCGCUACGCGCGGAAACCGCUGCCGGCACACGGACUCCCAAAACAUGCCCUGAGGCAUCACCCACCGCCAGAGCCAGGGGCUCAGGUGUGCUCCGCCACACCCACGGCUGGCAACUUCGCCGAGACCUCCAGGGAGUCGGGAAUCCGUAAGGGAUCGGAUGAUCAUGGGGAUGCACGGACUGCGGGUCAGGCUUGUGCUGACACCUCCACAGAAGGCAGCUCAGUCUUCUCUUGGGGCUAUGACGAAUUUGACAGAGCUGCCACACAGCAAGUUCAGCAGAUGUUCAGACAAAUUGAUGAGCUUCUGUAUGAGCAGAAGGAGAGCGUUCAUGUUGAGGGACUGCGGGAAGAGUGCCAGCAGUGGUCCUCCAGCUUUCCUCAUCUCAGGGUGGUGGGGAAGCAGGUGGUGGCCCCCACAGAUGAAGGGUAUGGAUGGUACUCGAGCUCCCCCUCGGGCAGUUUGGCUCCCUCAGAUGUAAGUUCACCACAGGAAGAGGAUUCUGAUGAAUUUAGUGUUUUGGGCAAGAAGGUGCCUCUUCUUGUUGCUCCUGCUCACAAAAAGGCCAACCCUUCCAAGCCUCCGACCUUGUGUUCCUCAGAGAGCGGUGAAGGGGAAGAGGAAGUCAUUCUGUCCGAAGGCAUAGUGGAGGAAUACUUGGCAUUUGACCACAGAGAUGUGGAGGAGGAGUUUCACGAGAGGAAAAUGGGACUGUCCUCUGGCAGACGGAAAUUGGGGUUUCCUCCUGUCUCUCCCUAUUCCUGCAUGAAGGAUUCUGUGCUCACGUUUGUGUUUGAUGAUGUGUGGAGUGAAGUCCUGGUCUGCAUGGAAGAAUUGAUCUGCAGGCUCUGGGAAGGGUCAGCCUCUGAUGAUGAGAAAAAUAUCAUAACAGUGGAAACGCUCCGAGCAGAUGCCAGGAGCCCUUUGCCACUGGACCCUCUGCCAGCACUGUUACCUCGGGUGACACACACUAAGAUGCCCUCAGUGGCAUCAAAUCUGUGCCCAAAACCCAGAGGUGGCCGCAAAAGCAAAAAGAGGAGAAAAACACCUCAAGUAACUCUCUCUCAAGGGUCAAGUAGUAGUUCUCAGCGUAACCUGAAUGGUUUGAUGGUGAUCCAUGGGAUCCAGUUACACCAAAGGAGCCUGCCUGUAGUGGAGAAAACACUGGACCUGGAUGACAAACGGCCAGGUUCGAGUUCCCUCCUCUCUACCCGGACGUGGCCAAACCGUCCCCUGGAGCUCAGCACCUCGUCCCUGUCCCGCUGCACGAGGAGGAGGAACCCUCCCCCACGGACCCUGCAUCCCAUCGGGACCCCGCGCUCCGGGGACGACGUCUGCAGGCGCCUCCUGACUGCACAGGAGCAGCUGACCUCACCCUCCCCACUGCUGCUAAACAGAAAUCACCCCCUGCCACCCAUUGCCAGCACCACUGUGGCAGAGCGUGGGAGCACCACGGGACCCCACAGGCAAACGAAACCUCGAGGGAACUCGAGCCGUGCUGACAGUGUCACGACACAAGAAGGCACUCACCAGCAGCUCCAGGAGCAGCUGUUCUUACCUGAUCCCUUCUCCAGGCCUAGCACAACCAGCACAUCCUCGCCCCAUUCCCAGCGCCGCCAUUCUUGCACUGUUACUGAUUACAGUAAUCAAUCCUGGGCAAGGAGAGGAUCCACAAGUUCAGGUCUUCCAGCACAUGGUUCUGUGAAAGCCCACGGCCGAAGCGGAUCAGGCACAAAGAGCAAACAGAGGCACUGAUGUGCCACGGAGAAGCAUCCACCCAUCCAUCCCUCUCCAGAGAGUCAUGAACCACCUCUCUUUCCCAGCAAGGUCAACGUUGUUUACACAGAGUUUUCAAACGCCCUUCCUUACAGAUAGUUAUUUUUAUAUAAAUCUAAGCAGCAGCUGCCAAAGAUUAGAAGGGGUGCACUUAAACAUUCCAUUUCCUACCAGUAGAGAAAGUGAUGCUCCAGUGGAAGGGUGAAUCCAUUCCAGUGAAGCCCAACUCCUGGGAGACCCAGCAAACACUCUCAGUCUGUGCUUAUGCUGUUUUCCAUCAGGCUGGUGACAGGUUCAUGUCCUUACAGGCAGGUACUGCAGGACCUGCUCGUUUUUCCCUUAGGAAGGUUAACCCAGCCUUCCACAGACAUAGUGAUUUACAUUUUUAAAAAAAAAGUGUAUUUAUAUGUUUAAAGCAAUAUUGUACUAGCAAAAGCAAGCACUCAGCUUAGGCAAGUGAUGAAUGCUGCGGUGGCUGCAGCAGGUGUGAACACAGGUGUGCAGAACCAAGGCAGCAGAGCAGGUGGCCUGGCAGCUCCAAGGGCAGCACAGCACUGCCUCUUCCUGAGUUAUUAUAAAACCUUUCACCUGUUCCUCAGUGACUGAAGAAGCUUGAACAGGCAAAAAGAAACUUCUUACUCC